CAAGCGAAAGGGGGCCGUGCUAAAGGGGUGUUUCCCGAUCACGUACAAAUGGAGACGGUGGUUACAGUGAACUGCACGGCUCAGCUCCAGCCUGACCCCUGCCAGGCUACGACCCAAGAGGACCUCUCGCGCUCGGAGCAGCGAAAUUCCCCAGUGGCGGAACAAAAGCCUGUCAGCUUGGAGGAAAUUAUUGCAUCCAAACCCAGGAAAACACCAAUUCAACUGUUACAGGAAUAUGGCACGAAGGCUAACCUCAAUCCUGUGUAUGACUUUGAAAAAGCUGAGGGAGAAGUACAUAAUCCAGUCUUCACCUAUAAAGUCACAUUAGGUGACAUAACUGCAACAGGAGAGGGUCCCAGCAAGAAAGUUGCAAAACAAAGAGCUGCAGAAGCUGCACUGAACAUUUUGGAAGGCAAUUCAAAUAUUUGUAUUUCUAUGCCAGACUACUUAAUACCUGAACCUGUCAACCAAGCGCAGAACCAGUCCAAUCCUGUAGGAUCAUUGCAGGAGCUGGCUAUUCACAAGGGUUGGAGACUUCCUGAGUAUUCACUGGCACAAGAGACGGGGCCACCCCAUAACAGAGAGUUUACAAUGAUUUGCAGAAUAGAAACAUUUGUAGAAACAGGGAUGGGGACCUCUAAAAAAUUAGCAAAACGAAAUGCUGCUGAGAAACUGCUUUAUAAAUUCCAUAAUUUUUCUGCAGACAGUGUCACUAGUUCUUUAGUAAAUGAACAGAGUCAUAAUUUGGGAUGCACAUGGAAUACCUUAAGGAAUGCUUCUGGAGAAAGAAUUACUUUGCUGAAGAUAAGUCCCCUCAGUAUUCCUAAUACAGAUUAUGUCCAGCUUCUUGAAGAACUUGCAGAAGAGCAAGGUUUUAAUACAAAAUACUUAAAUAUAGUUCCCGCUGGCAAAGAGAAGACAACACGUUUAGAACAGCGGCUUGUUUCUUUGGCAGUGGAGACAGGCAGAGGAAGCAAUGGUUCCAGGUCUACAUGCAUUCUGCCCUACCCUGAAUGCCACUUCUUUCAAUUACAGCCACAGAGCACAAUCUAGUAAAUCAUGACUAACUCUAUGAUCCCAUAAAGUUUAAGGAAAGGAGCAUUGCUCAAUUGUAGAGCACUUUAAUUACAUGCAGAAGAUCCUAAGGGUCCCAACAUCUCCAGGUAGGUCUGGGGAAAGCCCUUCUCUGGAACCAUGAAGAGCUGCUGCCAGGCAGAGCAGUUGAUACUGAACUACAUGGUCUAAUGAUCUGACUCAUUGUAAGGCAGCUGCCUAAAUUCUUUCCUGCUGACUCAAGUUAGGGAUGAUUAUUGUCCCAUUUCACUGCUUUUAAUGGCCCGGAUCAGAUGUUGUAUUAAACCAUAAUUUAAAAUAAUUAUUUAAAGUAAAAGUGUGCUUAGGUUUUUCCACACUCCUCCUUUCAGCAUACUGAGGAGGAUACAAGUCAGAGGCUGGGUUUGUAUUAUGUGUGAACUAGUUCUAGUGGUCAGCCAAAGUUUGUUCCUGAUUUACUGCUUGUGGUUGGUUUGGAGGAAACAAACCAUGGGCACUGCUUCACACAUAAUACAUACAAGCCUCUGUCAUGUUUCCUCACCACCACACUGAAGGAAGGAGUGGAGGGGGAGGAAACAAGUGAAGUGCACAUUAAUAGUAAACCAUAGUUCGCUUUAAACUAUAGUUAAAGUGAUGUGUGAACAAGGCCAUUGUUAGUCAAACUUUAAAAUGAUUAUUUACUGGAUUGUGCUCAUUUAAAAGACAAUUAAACUUUUACUAUGGUAAUUUUGCUAUAAGUUGUCUGUUAGAAUUUAAACAAAACACUGCACAAAAUGUAGCACAUGGUUUGGUAACAUUGUCUUUUUUCUAACAGAAUAAUCAUAAAUACAAAAUGAAAGUGAACUGAACUAUUGCCCUUAAGACAUAUUACUUAUAUCUUUCUUCACAAUGAUUUCCCACAAAAAAAAAAACCCUUGACAGUGAAAGUUAUUUUACAGGGAAGUAAUUCAGUGGUAAUUUAGUUGGAGAACAAGAACUCUUGAACAAAGAAUUGGUGGCAAUUCACCUUCCACUGAAGUAAAUGAGAAAAUGCCUGUUUUAAUAGAUUGCACUCAAAUUCUCACAUACCACAAAGAUAAAUGAUUUUUUCCAGUAUCAGAAUUGGCACUAUUCUGAUAAACAUGAUGGAAAUUUAUUAAAUCAUGAAAGUGUGGAUUAAUAGUCUGAGAGUGGUCUUUGUUCACUUAUCUAUGCAACACUGAACAUAAUUCAAAGGUACCUUUCCACAACCACAACCACUAUAUGUGAACUCUAAACUUGGGAAAAUGUCUAUUACUGCAGCAUAAUGUAUUAUUAUACUUUUAAUUUUGCUCUGGUUGUAAAUUGCUUCAAGACUGUUUGUAGUGGGAAGUGACAUAUAAAUUU